CAGAUCGCGCGGGGCAUGCUGUACCUGCACGAGGAGGCCGUCGUGUCCAUCCUGCACCGGGACCUCAAGUCCAGCAACAUUUUGCUGCUUGAGAAGAUAGAGCAUGAUGACAUCUGCAAUAAAACAUUGAAGAUUACCGAUUUUGGGUUAGCGAGAGAAUGGCAUAGGACUACCAGAAUGAGCGCCGCCGGCACCUACGCUUGGAUGGCCCCGGAGGUCAUCAAGUCCUCCUUGUUCUCCAAGGGAAGUGACAUCUGGAGCUAUGGAGUCCUGCUGUGGGAGCUGCUCACCGGAGAAGUCCCCUACCGUGGCAUCGACGGACUUGCCGUGGCCUACGGGGUAGCUGUGAACAAGCUCACUUUGCCCAUUCCGUCCACCUGCCCCGAGCCAUUUGCCAAGCUCAUGAAAGGGUGCUGGCAGCAAGACCCUCACAUCCGUCCGUCGUUUGCCCUAAUCCUUGAACAACUGACUGCCAUUGAAAAGGCGGUCAUGACUGACAUGCCUCAGGAAUCUUUUCAUUCCAUGCAAGAUGACUGGAAGCUAGAAAUUCAGCAAAUGUUUGAUGAACUGAGAACAAAGGAAAAGGAGCUGCGGUCCCGAGAGGAGGAGCUGACCCGGGCCGCCCUGCAGCAGAAGUCCCAGGAGGCGCUGCUGAAGCGGCGGGAGCAGCAGCUGGCCGAGCGGGAGAUCGACGUGCUGGAGCGGGAGCUCAACAUUCUGAUAUUCCAGUUAAACCAGGAGAAGCCCAACGUCAAGAAGAGGAAGGGAAAGUUCAGGAGGAGUCGGUUAAAGCUCAAAGAUGGACAUCGCAUCAGCUUACCUUCAGAUUUCCAGCAUAAAAUCACCGUGCAGGCCUCUCCCCACUUGGACAAACGGAGGAGUUUGAACAGCAGUAGCUCCAGUCCACCUAGUAGCCCUACGGUGAUUCCUCGGCUCCGAGCGAUACAGCUGACUUCAGAUGAAAGUAAUAAAACUUGGGGAAGGAACACAAUCUGUCGACAAGAAGAGUUUGAAGAUGUGAAAAGGAGUUUCAAGAAAAAAGGUUGUACCUGGGGACCAAAUUCAAUUCAAAUGAAAGAAAGAACGGAGUGCAAAGAAAGAAUAAGACCUCUCUCAGACGGCAACAGUCCUUGGUCAACGCUCUUACUAAAGAAUCAGAAAACCAUGCCGCUGGUUUCAUUAUUUGUGGACCAGCCAGGUGUUUCUGAAGAGCCAAAACUUGCCCCAGAUGGAUCAGAACACAGAAAACCAAAGCCAAUGAAACUGCCCAGUCAAGCCCACAUCGAUCUACCUCUUUGGAAAGAUGGCCAGAGAGAGAAUCCAGUGGAACCUGGAGACUGGGAGGAGGGACUCGUUAUGAACCCCACUGCCGUCCCACCUCAGGUGACCCCCAUGAAUGGCUUGAGCAGAUCCCCCCAGAGGAAGAAGACCGAGUCUGCUCUGUACGGCUGCACCGUGCUGCUGGCGGCCGUGGCUCUGGGACUGGACGUCAGAGAGCUCAAUAAAGCACAGGCUGCCGAGGAACCGCUGCCCAAGGAAGAGAGGAGGAAACGCGAGGGAAUCUUCCCGCGGGCUCCCAAGUCCCGAGGCAGCGGGAGUCCUUCGACAAGGCCACCAUCGACGGGCGAGGGGGCCGGCAGCCCACCCAUCUUUUCUCCAGCAAACGCCCUGAGCCUUCUGUCCAUGCCCUCUCUUUCCACAAAGUGCUUGCUGCAGCCCGACAGCGACGACGCAUCAGAGGGCAGCGCCCACGUCACUUGUGCCCCUGAGAUACCCACUCCAGACUCAUGCCCCGCCGUCGGGGCAGGGAGUCACAAACUGCCCUCCACGCCAAGACUCGAGGCCGAUCAGAGGCCGUGGAAAAACCUGCCUCCUCCUCUCUUAGACCCAACGUGUGGGAAUGUGCCUUAUUACGCUUCUUCGAAAGAACACACACCACAUCACAGACGCACCCUGUCUGAUGGAAACGCUUUUCAGACCCCAACAGCUGGGACAGCUCGACUACCAGCCCCCGGAGCCUCUGACCUGCCACCUGAGUGGGCUCUGGGGCUCCCCCACCUCUCACGCGGGCUUCACGGUAACCUGCCAAGGGAGGCCCCUCCCGAAAAACAGAGAGCCGUCAGCAUCAUGCCUCUGCCUCGCCCUCCCUCCUCCAGGAGCCGAACGGCGUCUCAGCCUGCACAGGCCGACUGUGCCGUGCGUGGUCCGGGACCCACCGCUAACUGCUCCCGAGGUGCCCAGGAGAGAACUAAGUCCCACGUGCCUUCCCUACUGGACAUGGACGUCGAGGGCCAGAGUAGGGACUACACCGUGCCUUUGUGCAGGAUGAAGAGCAGAACUAGCCGACCAUCCAUAUAUCAACUAGAGAAAGAAUUUCUGUCUUAAGUGCCUUACUUUGUUUGAGCCUUUCUUUUUUUUUUUUUUUUUAAGGUGAACAAAUUAAAACAAUGUGUCUACCUUCAAACUAUUUCAUGCUGCUGUGUUUUCAAAAGCUGUGGCCAUGUUACUAAAAGUAGUAAUGGAUGUCAACCUUCUGAAAAAAAAAAUGUAUGUGAUUGCUCUUAGCGGUCUGUAUCAUUUUUUCCCCUCUGGACUCUUACCUAGUAACUUGGAACACACACACACACACACACACACACACACACACACACAUAAAACAAGAAACGUGCAACAAUGUAAAACUGUGCUGCAGGGAAUGACCUUGAGCAUAAUUCUAAUGCUUUGUCUGCCCUCAUUUACAACCUUGUCCAUGACACCCCAAUUGUAAUGAAGCGCACCCAUUUUGUCCCUUCCCCUUCAUUUCCUUCCUGUUUGCCUUUCUUCAUCUCUCUCUUGUUAUUUGUACAACAAAACAAGAAUAAUGUGAUCUUAGUAAGGAAAGCUAUCUAUUUAAAAAGUAUGUAUCGAAGACUGGAAUAGAUCGAGUCCCAGUUAAAUUCCCUGAACUCAGUGUAGGCUUAUAAUGUAUAGAUAAUGUCGAGGUCUCAUAAAUUAUGCAAUAUUUUUCUCUUUGAGGGAACUUAAGUGAAUGUAACUUGUAAAUGUUGUACUGAAUGUAACUUUAAAAAAAAUUUAUCCAUUGCAACUCCAAGACAGAUUUUUAAGAAGUCAGUCGUUGGCAUUUGGCUAAGGCCACAUUAUGUCCCCCUGACCGAGGCCAAGUGGUAGGUUCUUCCGGUAAAAACGGCUCUUCUUGCAUCAGUCACCACGUGUUUGGUAUCCCGAGUAUAAAGCUUUCAUUUUGUAGUAGGAUUUUUAAAAAUUGAACAAUUUAUGUAUCGGGUGUUGGAAACAUUCAUGUCAUGUAAUUUUAUUUUUCUCUAUUUAAUGUGUGAUUAUUCUGAUAAUCCCCAGUACAGGCAGAAGAACCUCCAAAUCAAGAAACAGCAAGCAGCACUGUUAGACUUUAAGUAUUUCAUAGUUAACUCAUGUUUCCGUAAAUUGUGGAUAAAUGGAUAAACUGAUGAUAAGCUGAUAUGGUGGAAAUGACACAUAUAGAUUAUUUUCAGAUAUGGGCUUUUAAAUGGAUUUGGGGUAGCAGAUCAGAACUUUAAGUGAUUUUAAAUUAUUUCAUGAGUCACCUUUAUAAAAUCCUACAUGUAUGAUAUAAAUAGACUAUUCGGUUAUUAAACUACAGAAAUGACUAUCCUGGAGCUCGUACAUUUGUUUUGGUUUCUUUUAUUAAAUUCACUAUGCCUCCCUUCUGUCACUAGAUUGUGACUGUUUGGGAUGACAGUCAAUACUUAAAGUUUUGCAUACAAUGCAAUACUAAAUUGCAAACAUCACUUGACAUUUCAUUUAAAAUUUUACCUCGGUCAGGGUUUACCCAAGAACUGAAAUGUCAGCAGUUUAAAUGAGCUGUGACAAAAUCUCUCUACCUAGAGCAGAAAAAAAGAAAAUAGUAUUAUUUGGCCACUUUGGAGCAUCACAGCUGCUUGGCAGGUAUGUUCCAGCAGACGGCCAACAGAGCGUGAAAGGAUUAUAAUAAUCUCAGCGCAUUUAACCCCAAGGAAAACAUCCUCAUGUUUAAAAUUCUUGCAGCAAAAUCUCGAGUAUUUAGCCACAUUCUUUUGUAUUAUGGUCUGUUCUAGGAUCUGGCUUCACUUUUGGGAGGUGGUUGAAAUAAGUAAUCAAAAUUGGGUUUCCUCAAGACUUUAUCACGUUUGAAACUGUGGCUGGCCACUUCAUAUUCUGACACUUGGUGGCAUAUGAUUUCCGGCUAAAAGUAAAGGGAAUACAUGCCUGAAAUAGUACAUGAAAAGAGUAUAGAAACUCUGUUCACAGUUUCGCUUCUGCCAAAACAUUGUGUGUGUGUGCAUGUGUGUGUGUGUGUGUGUGUGUGUGUGUGUGUGUGUGUGUGUGUGAGGGGUGGAGGGUCCUGGCGCGUGUCCUUCUGUCUGUUCCCUCUCUAUUCCCUGCUCCUGUUGAGCUUCACUGGAGUCAACUCUACAUCACAAUGAGUUUGGAAGUGAAGCUACAUUAAAGACAUUGUUGCGAUACAAGGAUUUAAUGUCAUGUUACUGCAAAGAGUUUUUGCCGAAAUCUGUUGUAUAUUUGUGAUUUUCUCCGUGUCUUUGUUAUACUUGGCAGAAUCUGGUUAUUUAUUUUCAUAUAGACUUAACAGCUCAUUGAAAGAGAAGUUACGCUGAUUACUGUUAGUCAACAUUUAAGGUGCUCCUGUUGCAGAAAUUUAGGGCCUGAGCCUGAAAUGCUGUAUUAUGAAGCCUUGUGACCGAAAAAGAUGUUUACAUAUGCUGUCUAUUUUUUUAAUAAACUUUUUUUUAUAGCUAGUUUA